AUGACCGAGUCGUCGGGGCCGCGCUUCUUGCUUCGCGCCUGCGUGUUUCUUCUCGUACUCAUUGGUAGUCUUCUUCAGUUAGUAUUUUUUACUUUAUUGCCACAAAUUGAGCUGCAUACGGAAUUUUGCAAUGCCACAUUGGCUUCGCGGUCGCUACUGGCGCCUACACCAACAAGUGCAGAGCUGUUACCGCCUAUGAAACUGCUAUUUCAGUCGCUUUACGUGUCUCCACGCGAACUCGCAUUGCAACAGAAGGAGGAAGAGCGACGACGCAAUGAACAAAUUCAAGACCCAAAGCAGACAAUCCGUGGAAAGCUUCACACCGGUCCAUACGCUCAGCUAAAUGGCUUUCGUAAUCCUCUGUGGGGUGACGACAAGACCGUUCAACUUGAUGCAUUAGCUGAAACUUCGGUGCUUCAAUCACCAGAAUAUGCUCAAAUGGAAGAAGAGAUGGAACAUCAACGUCAGAUGAAACUAACUUCAGGAUUCUUUCUGCAGACGAGAGGUCAAGGUCACGAAGCUAUUAUCUCUAAGGCCGCGUACUGCAUCAACGUCGUCAUGCCUAACGAUUCGCCUGGUGUAUUGCUAGACUUUGAGUUGUAUCUAAAUGCGUUACCGUCGGCACGCCCCGUAUACUCGUAUAAAGGAAAUGGUGAACAAGAAGGCGAGAAUCAUAGUGACGAUGAAAUACAAUCAAAGCGACUGGAUAUGCCCCCGUCUGUUAUUGAUAUUUAUUUGGAGCGACAUCCUGUUGACAAGAAAUACUAUCCUGAUUUUCAUGCACCAAAAGAAAAGACAAUUUGGAUGAUGCAGAAUGUAGAAUUUUUUGAUCGACAUGAGUUGGACAAUCCCGCAGUUGGGGUUAUGAUGGUGAAAAACCGUAUUGGACUGAAAAAAGUGCUUGAAUACAGGCAUCGACAUCAACUUUUGUAUUCUGUGUUUUACACAAAACACACGAGUCGCGACUUAUAUCAGCCUGCUGUACAGCGGGAUUGGACAUCUUUUUUACAUCUAGCCGGUUGGAGUCCAUUUAAGAACACAAAAGUUAUUUUACAAGCGUGGGCACUGCAUCCAGAAUGGCCACAACUGAUUAUUCGAGUGAUUAAAGCAAGUUUGUGCAAGUGGAUUGAAGAUCAUUUUGGUGACAAAGACUCGUGGCGACUUCAAAAUGUAGAUUAUGCUUGUGGUUCAGUACCAGCUGAAGAAAAGGAUCAAUUGCAAAACCAAAUUGGUCUUCAUUUAUGUCCAAGCGAAACAGAAGGAUUUGGUCAUUACAUUAAUGAGGCUCGAAGUGUUGGUGCACUUAUCUUGACAUCAAAUGUUCCGCCAAUGAACGAGCUUGUAGAUGACCUGAACGGCGUGCUAGUAGGAAGACCGCAUCCAUGGUGGUGGCAGACAAAGGGAGACUUAUUUAUGCCAUUAGCACAAGUGGACGUGGCCGAUAUUGAACAAGGUAUUGAGCAAAUACUGCUGCUUUCUAUAGAAGAGCGUCAACGAAUGGGCCGACGAUCGCGGGCUAAGUUCUUGGAAGACCGCGUUUACUUUCUAAAUGCAAUGGCUGCACUGGAAGAAAGCCUUUGCCAGGACGAGAUCCGAAUUGAAAAGUUACAGCCUUAUCUGUAUUAG